CUCACUCCCUCACUCGCCGUUCACGAGUCGUUCUUUCUCGUUCACGCGCACUUAUAGACGCGAGGUUUAAAGCGGGGAGCUGAUGUCUUCCACUGCGUUUUGAAUUUUCUGAGAAAUGUUUGUGAGAUACUGAAUAUGAAGUGUUAUGCUCACUGGACGCAAGAGUUAUACCUUACCUUCUUUUCCGAUAUCGUGUCUUUGGAUAUGACUUUCGGGAUGUUUUCUUUUUGAGGACGAACAUAAUUUCUCUGUGUCAGAUUGUUUUUACCAUACAGCAAGUGUGUGCACAAUGUGCUGCACCUAGCAUAGCAGGCUUAAAUACAGCAUAGAAAAACGUUAUCUAGCUACAUUAAUUCGGAUUUUUUAGGGAGAAGGGUUGCAGAGUAAUGGUAACACCUUGGCAUUAUAGUUCACACAAGUGGCACUGCUAUGUUUCCGGACCCCCGUGUCUUCAUAGAUGUGACACUGCAAUCUGACUAGGAGGCCUGUAUCUGAUGCGGUUUGGCAGACUCAGAUUUGUGUUUUGUAGACUGAUUAAAUUUAUUUCACUGAUAUGCUUUUGCAAAAACUUUCUCUUCUAUUAACUUCGGAGUUGUUUACCUUCAUUCGUUUCUGUGCAAACAUUUAAGGUAACUGAUAUAGAGUCAAUAUGGAUGAGCAGAACUGCGUGGUGGCGCCGAACCCUGAGCGGACGCCCAUCUUUUCUUUCGCUCGGCUACGCCGCUGCGCAACAAUGGACGAUCACGAAAAGCAAAAAUAUGAAGCGAGCGAGAAGAAGACGUCUUCGUCAUCCAUGUCCUCUUUGCACAACACUCUAACAUCUAUCCUGAACAGCAAAAGCAACAACAGUGCUACAGGUGUGGGAAGUCCGCCCCACGGCACCGGAUCUUUCUACCCGUACAGUGCCUCAGCUCCACUCAGUGGCCUGGCCAGUCCGGAGAGGACAAAACCAGGAAUGGCAGAGCUAGCACAGAGCAAACUGGCAUCCAAACACACAGAAUACAAGUCCUAUUCGCGUGCCAGACACUCCUCUUCGUCCUCUUCCUCUUCCUCCUUCUCGUCCUCUCCCAAAUCCACCCCGACCUCCACUCCCACCAACACUGCGUCCCCCAAAGUCUUUCCUCCCCACCCACUAAGCAAAACGCCUCGCUCUGCUUUGACUUUCAAUGCCAACGUGAAAGAGAAGCCGGUAUUCAGGCGUUAUCUUUCUCUCAUCGUAUUUCCCUCCAGCCUCAAACAGAUCCCCUUCACGGUGCCCACGUCUCCGCAUGGACCCGCAAACAGGACGGGCUUCCGGAAGGCGGAGCAUCGGUCCCUGGAUGAGCCGUCUACAAGCGGAAGAUCGGAACCCACCUCGCCCACGGGCAAGCGACCUUCUGUGGAAAUCCCAGGUGCCUAUGCCCUGGGCUCCAUAGACCCGAGCCUGUACAAAGUGGCAGACGAGGAUGACCACUACGACAUCCCAGCUGACCACAUCGGACGCGUCUGGUUCGCCACGGAAUAUGAGCGGGAGACGGAAAAGCUUCUCGUGACCUUGAUCAAGGCCAAGAACUUGCCCAGUCGGACGCAAGGGGUGGACAACGCGUGCGAUCCCUUUGUGAGGUAUGUAUGGCGUUUUAUGUUCACAUUUUGCAGAACUCAGGAGUCUGUGGUAUAAUGGUUAGGCGCUUCG